GAAGUCCUUGUUGUCUCCUCCUCUGUCUGCAGAAGCCGCACUGCGCCUGGAUGUCAAUCCUCAGAAUAUCUCGGUGAUGGACGGAGAUCACGUCACCCUGGAUUGCUCCAUCCUCUCCCGGUCCCGGCCAGAGUCCAGCUGAGCGUGUCCUGGUCCUUCCAUGGUGGAAUCCGGAGUACGGAGCCAGAGACCAUCCUAAGUACAGACCGCUCCGGGGUCUGGGGCCCACUCAGUCCACGCUGGGAAGGACGACUACAGCAACUCCAACUGUCCCCAACCGCCUUCAAGCUGCGCGUUCCUCGGGUCACCGCAGGGGAUUCUGGGAACUUCACCUGCUCUGUACAGGAAUGGAUGAUGGGAGCGCGGGGGGACUGGUAUCUCCUGGCUCAGGAUGAAGCUCUGAUUGGAUCAGUCACUGUGAAGAACAAAGAGUCUGACCUGCAGUCCGUCAUCUGCUCCAACGACGCCCUCUUCUACCUGGUCUUCUUCUACCCCUUCCCCAUCUUCGGGAUCCUCAUCAUCACCAUCCUCCUGGUGCGUUUCCGGAGCCGGCCCUCCAGCAAGACGGGGGAGGGGAAGAACGGGGUGCCCCUGCUGUGGAUCAAAGAGCCGCACCUCAACUACUCGCCCACCUGCCUGGAGCCGCCCGUCCUCAGCAUCCACCCGGGGACCAUUGACUAA